AUGCAAAACAGAAGAGCAUUUAAUGUGCCGAUUUUGUUAACUCGUGCUGCCGAUGUUGGUGAAGUCGGUGAUGAUGAGGCAAUGCUUGAGGAACGGACGGUGGUUGCAGAAACUGGAGCUGUUGAUUUAGUUGGGGCAGUUGUGUUUGUCGUCAGCACUGAAAUGUACGCGAUUUUUUGCUGGUCAAUUGUAAAAAACGCAUAG